GUGCCCAGUCCGGCAGUCCCCGUCCCCGUCCAGCGUCCACGCAAUAGUCAACGCAGACGCAGUCCCCAUUUCUAGGGUUCUCGUCCGCCGUCCAGCAGCUGCCCCCCGGCGCGCCCCCACCUCGCCGCCGGCAGGCAGCCGCAAGACCGCCGUCGGCCGCCUCCACCCCCUCAUCCACCUCCAUUCGCUCCGGCCUCCUCUCCUCCGCUCCGCGGCCGCCCCCGUCCGCCUCGACAACAGUGACCGGCCGUCGCAGGAGCUCGACCAAGACGACGGGCCGCCGCAGGAGCUCUACCCCCGGCACCGCCUCAGCCGUCUCUCUUCUUUCACUCGUCCUCCCUGUGCCGGCCGGCUCGACCACGGCGGACGACUCCGUAGCAGCUCGACUGUGAGGUGCCCUGCCUAGUGCGUUGAUUCUGCGGAAGCGGAUGGCCAAUACCCGGUCAGGAGGGGCGAACAAUGAGGGAGCAGGGGGCACCAGUGCAAGGAAAGGCAGCGCCGCCACCAAUGCAAAAGACCCCAUGUCUGCAACGACCUCCACCUCGUCUGCCAGUGGAAGGGAGUCUAGAAGCUUGUCCACACGUGAAACAAGCGAUGAGCAGAAGCCAAACCUCAGGAGGUCGAACCGAGAAACAAAAGGAAAGAAUCCCAUUGUGACCAACAGUUCUGCCUCUACACCUGUUUCGCAGAAAUCUAUUAGGGGCAGGAGCAACCCCAGCACACCUGGUACCCCGAAAUCGUCAGCAAGGAAGCUAAAAGGGUCGACGAGGAAGGCUAGUACCCCAAGAACGUCCGACAGAGUAAAGAAAAGUACCGUUUCAGCUUCUACUGCUUCAAAUGAUUCAAAUGGAGUUUCUAGUCCAGUGGCUACUCCCGACAAAACUGUAAAAAGAGAAAUUGAUGAACAUAACUCAACAAAGAAUGAUGCUUCCGAGAGUGGUACUAUGCCAUUGAAGAAGCAGAAAAGGCUAACCACACAGAGCUAUACAAAUCUCUUCAAGACAUCUUCUGAAGAACAUGAAAAAUCCCCUGCCUAUGAGGGAAAUGCUUCCAAGGUACACGCAGAAGAUAAUGGCUCUGUUUUGAGGCAUGAAGAAAGUGGCGCACAUGAAGAGGAUAACCAGGCACAUUUAAGUCAAGUCGCCAAUAAUUUUUUGGAAGGCUAUACUUCUGGCCUGUGUGAAGUUCCCAAGGUGAUAUUGGAGACAGAUGGGUUGAAAACUGAUGCUGAAAAAUCUGCUCCCAUUUCAGAGGACUUGGUUACAUUAUCAAGUCCUGUACAGGCACAUAUGACUGCUGAUCUGUGCUCAAGCAGUCCUGCAAUGGAUGCUACAGAGCCAACUGAUGACUGUUCAGAGUUAGCACUUCACGUUGCAAUGGGCCAGAAAGUGGAUUCAUCAAAAUUUGUGGAGUAUUGGGUUCCUGCUCGACUUUCACGAGUACAACUAGAAUUCUACUGUUAUACCUUACUUUCAAACUCACCAGCCCUUCGAUCACAUUCAAAAACUGACAGUAUUGGUGCUCUUUGCAACAUUCUUGUAUCCCUUCGGAAGUGCUGCGACCACCCUUAUCUAGUAGAUAAAACGUUGCAUUUAUUACUUACCAAGGGACACCCAAUAACUGAUAUCCUAGAUAUUGGAGUGUGUGCAAGUGGUAAGCUACUGCUUCUUGACAAAAUGCUCCAAGAAAUCUGGAAAAAAGGGCAGAGAGUUCUUAUCCUUUCCCAGUCUUGUGGUGGGGCUGACAAUCCAAUGGGUGACAUUUUGGAUGACUUUGUCCAUCAAAGAUUUGGUUUUGAGUCAUAUGAACGCGUGGAGUGUGGUCUGAAUGUACGAAAGAAACAGGGUGCAAUGAGUAUGUUCAAUGACACAACUAAGGGCCGGUUUAUUUUCUUGAUUGAUAGCCGUGCGUGUGUCCCAAGCAUUAAACUAUCAUCAGUUGAUGUCAUCAUCAUAUAUUGUAGUGAUUGGAACCCCACAAAUGACUUGAGAGUCCUCGAGAAGAUCAGCAUAGAGUCACAAUCCGAGUGUGUGCCCAUUUUUCGUUUAUAUUCGUCUUGUACAGUGGAAGAGAAGGCUCUUAUACUUGCAAAGCAUGAUCAUAUUCUUGAUAGCACUGUCCAGAAUAUAACGCCUAUCCUGAGCCAUUCUCUGCUUAGUUGGGGUGCAUCAUUUCUCUUCAGUAGACUCGAAGGGCUAAAAAACUAUGCAUGUUUACGCAAGGAUUCUGAUGCUGAGAAACUGUUCAUGGAUAAAGUACUUUUGGACUUAAAGAAGUUAUCCACUAAAGAUGAUCCCAGCACUAAGAUGAGCAAUGCAGCCAUAUCACAAGCUCAUCUGAGUGGACCUUUUUAUUCUAGAGAUAGUCUUGUAGUAGGUGAGAGGGAGGGGAUCUCUGCACCUGAUAGUGAUCUGCCAAAGUUCUGGGUAAAUUUGCUAGAUCAGAAGUCUCCUCGUUGGCAGUAUAUAACUGAGCAGGCACAAAGAAGCCGUAGAAAGAUACAAAACAUGGAAGAAGGGAAAAUUCCUGCCGAUGAGGCUGAUGAAGCCAGUACCAAACGCAGAAAAAUUGCUGGAAUCUUGGAUUCAUCUGCAAAUGUUUUAGCUGGCGAAGACAAGGACUCAAUAUUGCCUGAAACUAAUACGACAUCUAGUUCUCAUCGAAAAAUUGCUGGGAUCUUGGAUUCAUCUGCAAAUGUUUUAGCUGGCGAAGACAAGGACUCAAUAUUACCUGAAACUAAUAUGCCAUCUAGUUCUCAUCAAAUAUCAGUUGACGACACAUGGCAGGAACAAGGGGUGAAAAAUCUUCAGGACACACAAAAAAGUCUUCAUAUCCAGUUGAAACCAGAGCUCUCAAUGCUAUAUGAAUUGUUUGAACUACCGGGGAGUGUUAAAUGUUUAUGUGAGGAACUUCUUGAGUAUACUUUGAAGAAUCACCAAGUCAGUCAGGUGCCAAAGGACAUACUGCAUGCAUUCAACAUUGCACUGUGCUGGCGUGCUGCUUCUCUCUCAAGGCAUAAGGUUAAUCAUAGAGAAUCACUGGCCCUUGCUGUAGAACACUUGAAGUAUGAGUGCAGUGAAAUUCUUGCUGAGAAGGUUUAUAAGAAGCUAAGGAUCCUAAAGAAGGAGUUCUCUCAUAGGGUAGGCAGAACAGGCAAGAGUAAUCAAUCAAUUUCAGUAAAGAACAUAUCACCAUGCCAGCAGGAGCCCUCAACUAAAUGUGGAACUGACAAAUCAAUCCCUAAGCAGGCAGCAUCUGUUGGUGAGAACGAAUCACAUCAAGAGGAUUCACAUGACUUAGUGAUUGAGCCUAUCGUACUAGGAGAGAAGGAAGUGCUAUAUGUUCCAGAGAUUAAUGAAAAACAACAUUUAUCAAAGGAUGCACUUCUUAAUAGAAUCACAGAGAAAAGAAUUAAAUUAGUUGACAUGGUAUUCUCCUUGAGAGAAAAGAAUAUCCAUGAUAAACAAACAAAUGAGGUCGCAAUGUUUGACAUGCACAGGCACAAGGGAGUGGAGAAACUGAGAGAAGCACGCAGAAUAGUUGUGGAACACCUUCGUAGGUCUCAAGCUGAUCUAGAGGACAGAGGUGGUCAAAUGAAGCUAAUAGUUGAAUGGUUCACUAUGCUACUAUAUGCGUUUCUGAAGCACAUGAGGUACCAGCGUGAGAAGCUUGACUUGCAGCAAUCAAUGGUGUGGACUAAGGAAUUACAGUUGAAAGAAAAUUUCCUUCACGAAGCAAAAUUUGGCCAGUUAGAUCUUACUUUUGAUGAACAUAUUUAUUUACCAGAUUCAGGCUUUGCUAUUGAGGAAUUCAGCCACUUUAGCUCCUGUGUUGAUACAGCAACUUUGGCAAACUGUCCGCAGUCUUUGCAUGAAACCUCAGCGAUGGAAGUUACAUUGGUUCGUAGUGUGAUUUCAUCUGAUGUUAUCAAUGCAGAAGCAGCGAGAAGUAGUUCUGCUGAAGUUCUUAUCCACAAUGAGGGAAUGCCAGCAUCAGAAGGCAUUGGUUUGACAGAGAACACGAUCAGCAAUAGUUUUGAUUGCAUCGACUCACAAGGAGGGGCAUCUCUGGCUGUUCAACACCAAGUAAAUUCUAGUCCUGCAAUUGAUAAUUCUAUUAAUCAGGAAUCUUCAAGUGGUGGCCAUAGAAGGACCGAACAUGUUGAGCGACAGAGUGGUGUGGGUUCGCAACCAUUACUCGGAGAGACUGACCAACAUUUAGGAGAUGCUGAAAUGGAAGUUAACACCGGCAAUAGGGACGAUACUCAGGAAGAUCCACCUUACCUAGAACCACAGACUCUGGCUCCUGUGCCCAGCCAGGCUUCCUUGCAAAUGUCCAAGGAAGUUGAAGCUGAGGCCAACCUUGUACUGCAGUCAGCCCAACCAAUUGCAGCUCCAGCACAACUUCUGCAAAGAGAGGCAGAACAAGUAGACCGUUCUGGUGUGAUACCAGCUCAGACUUUGCAACCUGAAAUGCAACCAUCAGCAUCCAGGGAAGCUUAUAUGCAGGCAGAUCUGAUAAUUCAGUCUGCACUACCAAGUAUGGUGCCAACUGAGCUUUCACGGUUGCUUGAAAGAACACACCCUGAUCAGUGUCAACUAAGUCAUCAACCCGAGGCUGCACUGGGUUCUUCAGCAAAACUGGUGGCAUCAAUGGUGUUUAAUCAUCCACCAGUUGGUGAUGAACCACUGAAAAAUGAGUUGCACAGAUUACGGUCAUACAUUGACUCGCUUAAUAAAACCAACGAACUAAAGAAAUCACAACUUAGGACUGAGUGUAGCCAAGAAAUAGACAAGGUCAAACAAAAGUACGAUUUGUUACUUCAAGAACAGGAUUCCACUCAUCUUCAGCAAACAAAGACACUUGAUAAUUUAUGUGAGAAAGUUCUCCUCAACCAGUCAAUAGCUGACUAUUUUCGGGCUAAAUUCAUAUCUUCUUCUGGAGCACAAGCUAGAGCCCAGAGCCCUCCAAAUCACCAGACACCCCAGGCCUCUCAGCAAGUUCCCCCGAGGCCUUCAGCUGUAGCAGCGACUGCAUCACCAGCUGCGUCGUCGUCAGCUGGUCGAUCACCAGUAUUGACACAUCAUAUCCAACCAUUACAGGUCGAUCGACCAUCACCAUCAUCACCAGCUGGUCCACUACCACAUGUCCAACCAUUAAAAGUCGAUCGACCAUCACCAUCAUCAUCGCCAUCUUCACAAGUUGUCAGACCUCGCCCCUCCAUACUAAACAACAUUGUCAGAUCACCGUCAACUACUUUUAGUCUCGCGCCAGUUCUGCCACGGGGAAGCUUUGGAGUCCAGAGUGAACUAGCACGUGCACGUGCACCUGCUCCUCAUCUUCGGCGCAGGUUGCCUCCACAGGUGCAGUCUAUGGCAUCUGCAAAUCAGCAGCAGCUUCCAACUAAGCUUGAGAGCAUGUCUGCAAGGACAUGGGCUACCCCUGUGACUCCAGUAAAUAUAAGACAAUCAUGCCCACAAGCAGUUCCCCCAGGGAACCCAUCACUGUCAAGUUUGCACCCAAGUUUAUACCCCACUUUAGCCGCACUCUUGGGACCAUCAAGUUCACAUCAAAUUCAGCAGGGUCCACUACUGCCAUCAAGUUCACUGCCAACACGCUUGUCGUCUCCAGUACCUUCAACUCCAAAUCCAGUUCUGCCACUAACAUCACCGCGAGGUUUGACUAUGACAUUUAGUGUUUCCUCAGCUGCGUCGAAUGUGUUGCCAAGUAGGGGUGUUGGGCCUUCCACAUCAGGCACUCCGCAGUCAGAUUCUGAUUCAGCACGCUGGAUGAAUGGCUAACAGGAAGGCUUGGGCUGCACAGUGAUCCCCAUGGCCUGGCGGCUCCUACAGAUGUGGUAUUGCUUAUCUGAUGAUGAAGAGACCGAUGAUCAAACCAAGCAAAAACGACGAUCAUCGCUGAAGAGCUCUCCGACAGAAGGGUUGCUUGCAAACAAAAUAAACUGAUGUCCAUGUAGUGCAACUGUUUGUUUCUGCUCGAGUUAUAUUAUGUUCCUUGUGUAGCAUGUAUAUUCUCCCUGUUGUAUGAGGGGUUUCCUGCGUAUUUACCAUCUAUAUAUGUAUAUAUGUACUGGCCAUUGGCCCCGAGGAAAGACAAGUUGCAUAUUUCCUAACAUGGUAUUAGAGCCCUAAGGUUUUCUUUUUCGCAUGCGCAACUCGUGCUUGAUCUUAUGAUCAUUUAACCAUAAAUAGUACGUGUUCAGUGUCAACAA